CUUAAACUUGUACAGUUUGCCAUUAACAUCUUCCCCUCGACAUUCUGAGUAAAGAAAAGUAAAAUUUUUCCACAAUUCACACUUGAAUUUGGUUGACCAAAGAGGAUAUCACACUUUUGGUUUGCUCUCCAUGAGAGCAGCAAUGGAGUGGGUAACUGCUCUGACACUUUUCUUAUCAGUCUUUGAAACUGCACCAGGUUUUAAUGUUGAAUCUAAGAAUUGGAGAUCACUGAGUAAACCUGCUGCAGGUUUUGGCUAUCAGGUGGUGCAGCGGACAUCAGAUGUGCUUGUCAGCGCCCCACUUGAACAAUAUGACACGGAUAAGAGGGGACAAAUAUUUAGAUGCUCAACAGACAGGUGCGACUGGUUGACUGAUGCAGAGAAUAAAGUUAAAGUCAACAUGUCCCUCGGUUUAUCAAUGACAACUGAUCCAUCAACUCAAAAGACUAUGGUUUGUGGUCCAACCAUCCCCAGAGACUGCAAAAGUAUCACCAUGUACAAUGGUUUGUGCUUUGAGAUAAAUCCAGAUAACAGCCUCGGAAAGUCUUACCCAUCUGCUACUGAAGAGUGUCGAAGCGAAGCUGACAUUGCAUUUCUUCUGGAUGGCUCUGGAAGUGUAUCUCGUGAGGAUUUUAAUAAAAUGAAAGCAUUUGUGAAAAAUUUAAUCAGAGCAUUCCUGGGAAAAGACACACAGUUUGCCAUUACCCAGUUUUCCAGUUAUCCAUUUACGCAUUACCACUUUAACAAUUUUCCAUCACAUAACUGGGAAUCUGAAAUUGACAAAAUCACUCAACAAAGAGGUGGAACGCAAACAGCUGGAGCCAUCCGUGAGGUUGUGGACAAUGUCUUCACACCAUUACAAGGUUCCAGGGCAAAUGUAAAAAAGAUUUUGAUAGUUAUAACAGAUGGAGAAUCUCAGGAUCGUCCUUACUUAAAUGGUGCAAUAUCUGAAGCUAAUAAGAAAAAGAUUGUUCGAUUUGCUAUUGGGGUGGGUAAUUCAUUCGCAAGUGGUUCUGCAAGACAAGAACUCAAUCAGAUCGCAUCUGAUCCUGAUGAAGAUUAUGUGUUCCAAGUGAAUAGCUUUCAGGCUCUCGACAAAAUACAGGAAAAUCUGCAGGCCAAGAUUUUUUCUAUUGAAGGUUCUCAAGCAGGUGGAGAGGCGUUAAAAUAUGAAAUGUCUCAAGAGGGCUUCAGAGCAGCUUAUGAGUCCGGGUUUAUUCAGAUGUCCAUGGUUGGUGCCAACCAGUGGAGAGGAGGGUACAAGAGAUAUUCACUUAAUAAUCCCGAAAGUACAGACUCAUAUGGGUCUACAUUGGACGCUGACAGUUACCUUGGAUAUUCCAUGGCUAUUGCUAAAACUCGUUACGGCCCACUGACAAUUAUUGGUGCUCCAAGAUAUCAACACAAAGGAAUUGUUCUGACUGUUUUUAGACAAAUGCUAAGGGACAAAAUCGACCCCUUUCAAUCACAGACAGGGGAAUAUUUUGGGGCUGAGGUUUGUGCCAUGGACGUGGAUUCUGAUGGUGUGACUGAUCUGAUACUGAUAUCUGCUCCAAUGUUCAAAGAAAAUGAUGGAGAAGGACGAGUUUAUGUCUGUGGAUUAACUCGUUUGACUGUGUCUUGCAAUUUUAUCGAUAAUCCAUCACUCGUAAUAAAACUAAAAGGCAUACCUGACAGAGGGAGAUUUGGGUCGUCUCUUGCUGUCCUUCCCGACAUAAAUGCAGAUGGAUUCAAUGAUUUGGCCGUUGGGGCUCCUUUGGAGAAUAAUGGCCAAGGCAGCAUCUACAUAUUUCAAGGAGAGGGAGGAAAAAAAAUAAAUGCUAAAUACUCACAGAGGAUUGCUGCCUCUGAAAUCCAAGGAGGACUGAAAUUGUUCGGUAUCUCAAUCAGUCAGUCUUCUUAUGAUCAGAGCGGUGACGGACUUCCUGACUUAGCCGUGGGUUCAAAGGGAAAAGUUAUCUUACUGAGAUCCAGACCAGUUGUGAUGGUGAGGGCCUCUGUUUCAUUCAUUCCACCUCAAAUCCCAACUCAGAACCCAGACUGCUUGAAACCCCUGGCUGGUAGGGCCACUGUCUGCUUCACCAUGAGCAACUUAUCUGAACUGAAGCAAGCUCAAGCAAAGAUUAAUUUCACUCUAACAUUGGAUGCAAACCGUGAAAUACCAAACAACCGAGCCUGGAUCAGUAAGAACCUGAGAGAAAAGGACGGAUUUCUGACUCUUUCUUUAAAUAGGCAAACAUGUCAGGGGGUGGAUUUCUCUAUUGAAUCUUGUCCAGAAGAUGCUCUUUAUCCACUCAAUAACGCGCUUAGAUUCACAUUUGAUGGUUUGCCUACUGGCUCUGAACCUCAACCAAGCCUCUCUCCACAGGCUCAAGAUACUUCCUUUCAUUCUAUUGGGUUUGAGAUCAGCUGUGGGCCAGAUUCAAAGUGCGUAGAUGAUUUAAAGGUGGAUUUUAACUUCACCAAAUCCUCAGAGGUUAAAGUGGGCAUAGAUGAACUUUUAAAUGUGACUGUCUUUGUGGAGAACAGAGGAGAAAAUUCAUACAACAGCCACGUCAUUCUCACGUACCCAAUCGGACUCUCCUUCCGGAAGUUCGAAACUGUGGAAGGAAGAAUUGAAUGCAACUCUUUGGACAGUGAGGAUGGUGUAACAAGAGGAAAGACGGACUGUAGCAUCAACAAACCUAUAUUCAGAAGCAACUCUGUGGCAAUCUUCAUUGUUUCCUAUGGCCACAACCCAACCAGUGAACUUGAUAGGAAGAUCUAUGUCACAGCGAAUGCCACCAGCGGCAACAAUCAGAGUGCCUCCACCAGCGUACCCUACAUGAAGAAAGAGAUUGAUGUGAAGUACAGUAUUUAUAUUACAACUGAAAGCUCCCUCAGCUACAACAACUUCACAUAUGGAGAGAAUGACUUACAGAAACCUCUUCAGCAAAAAUUAAAGGUUACAAACGUUAUCAGAGCACUAAGCUUUACUAUAGUGAUCAAGGUUCCAGUAAAGCUUGGUGACAAAGACAUCUGGGCGGACAUAAGUAGUCUUCAGGUUGAUGGCUGUAAGAAAGGAGAGGUUGUAAACCCUUCUGUCACAGAUUUUAUUCCUCAGAUAAAAGAAAAUAAAAGCCUGGAUUGCUCUGUAGCGAGUUGCCAAGUCUUCAGGUGCUCCAAGUUUAUGGAAAAGAACAGAGAAGAAACAUACACCAUCUCUGGAAACAUCAGCUCUCGAUGGAUAGAACAGAUUGGACUUUUAUCUGCCAAAUUCCUCUUGACCAGCACAGCCAAUCUAGAAUAUGACAAGAGCCAGUUCAUCUUCUUCUCUACAACCUCUAAUAAUGACCCUCCUGUUCACAAGAUUGUGGCUGAAGUAGAAGUGUUUCAGAAACCAGAUUUUACUAAAGAGAUUAUAGGAGGAUCUCUGGGCGGAUUGGCCUUUCUGCUCUUACUUACUGCUGGUCUAUAUAAGGCUGGAUUUUUUAAGAGCAAAUACAACCAGAUGAUUAACGAUAACGGGGAGGGAGACCCAGGAGCUGGAGGAGACCCAGCAACAGAGGGAUGAAAUUCCACCUUAUUUCUACCUCAUAGACAUCAGCUUUUAUGUCCACCUAAUACAUUUAUAACAAUCGUUGUUUCUAUGAAAUGUAUCUGAUGUCCAUUCUCAUUUUGUGAAUGCACCAAACACAAUGUGUAUUUCUCCAACCAUUCCCUGUGGUUGUUUGCUAAACAGAAGUGUAGACAACAAAGCAUACGUUUCUCUGUAUAUUAGGAAAGUGUUGAUGAUGCACUCAUUUUUUAAUGAACUUUAAUUGAGGAAGCUCAAGAGAGCCAUGCUGCUUUAAAUCUGGAUAUUUAAAUGCACAUUUUAUGGGACUGUAAGGUUAAUGGACCAUUAUGUAAGUUGGAAAGGAUUUAAAAGCAAAGAAAAUCUAUAAAUGCCAUGUAAUGUUUCUUUAAAAAUGGGAUCUUAAAUUUAAUGUUUCAUGUUUGUUUUGCACUUUGAGAAGUGAAUAUUUUCUGUAUUUUAAGUCUUUGAAUGAUGUGCUUUCAUUGGACCAGGUGAUUUAAUGCUGGACAUAAUAAAGUGAAUGACGCUGGUCAUUUUGAAACAAGACAUGCUUGAAGAUAG